AUGUCAUGCCUAAGUUUGUGGUGUUGGUGGCUCAUAUCAAUUUUUCAGUUGGCAUCCGCAACGGCUAGUACAAUAAACACAACGACUACAGCAAAGUCCAAAUCAUCUUCGGUAACGGAGGACCCGUUUCCUGUACUCACGGUAGGUAAGGAUGGUAUGGGAAGCUAUUAUGUUAAUACCACGUUUGGUACAGCUGGUCAACAUCAGCGAUUAGCAAUAGAUAUCGUCCAACCAUACAUGAACUUGGUUUCCGGAAUGAAUGAAAGUAGCGGUGGAUACUUCAUCAACGAAUCUACAUCAUCUAUUCCUGUUUCUCCUGGCCAAGUAUACGAGCUUUCUUUCGUUGACGGUAGAGCCAUUAAUUGUACAUUAGUAACAGACGAUAUGAACUUCACAAGUGUUUCAUUAGAAAACUCUUCCUUUGCUUUGAUAACCAACUUAGUGGAGAAUCAGGAUAAUAUUCAGUUUGAGUCAGGAAGUUUAUCAAUUUCAAAUGUUUCCUUCUUCAAUAUCGAAUCUUCGAACUUCAAGUCGUCAGGCUUGUUAGGGUUGAGUGGGAAGGUCACAAACCCAGGUACCGAUAUAGAUAGCUCACAAUACACAGAAUACUCUUAUUUCUUGUCUUUAUUGAAGGAUGCGAACUUCAUCGAAAGCCCGUCAUAUUCAUUGUGGUUGGCUGGGGACACGUCCACAUACAAGACAUAUAGAGACCCAAUACUCAAUUGCGGGAAAUUACUUCUUGGGGGAGUUGAUCCCUCGUUGUUCACCGGUACGUUGGGACAAUUCGACUUAAUUCCUUAUGCUGAUCCAGUGACUAAUGCCAUAACUAUUGGGUAUCCCAUCGUGCCAUUAGGCCCAAUUUAUAUUGUUUCAAACAGUGGAGAAAGUUUGAAUAUGACGUCCAAGGAUUUUUUAAGCCCAGCUUUGCUCGACUCCACUUCUUCAGUUAGUUAUCUGCCAACCAGUACAAUUAUUCAGAUCGCUGUCCAAAUUGCGGCGACUUAUGUGGAAUCCCUAGACAGAUGGUUAGUUCAAUGUUCAAUGGCGGAUAUGGGCGUAACGCUAGCUUUUAGGCUUCGAGAUUUGUUCAUCGAGAUCCCUCUGCGUGAUUUACUGUCAUCCACUUACGACACAUCCACUAAUUCUUCGAUGCUUUUCAGCUCAGGACAAGAGGCUUGUUUCCUGACGCUAUAUGCCAAUACAAAUACCGGAUUGAACAUACUCGGAGAGGCUUUCAUGAAAAAUAUUUACAUGGCAAUGGACUUAGAGGACAACACCAUAGCCAUUGCACAGGCCAAGAAGGUUGAAGACGAUGCAGUUAUUGAUGAUGCAAAUGAAACUACAACAUCCGCUGUUAUAAAAAAAAUUUCAUCAGGUUAUAUCCCUUAUGCAAAGGUGAUGAAUAGUAGUAUCACGAGGAACUUGACUCUUUAUCCAUCCUACAGAUCCGGCUAUAUGUUUACUGUCCCAGGUCAGUUGACAGCAGCAUAUUCAGAUGGUGUCAUCACAGGCGCAGGUCGGUCCUUUUACGAUACUUCAAGAACAAGCACGAGUCCUAGAUCAACUAGUAGCCUAUUUGACAGUUUUUCUGUAUCAGCCUCAGAAGAAUGGACGAAUUCAAGUAAUAGAACUAGUAGCGUAUCGGGAGCGGCAGUUUGCCUGAGUAACCCUUAUAGAUUGAAUGACAAAACAAUAGGAUUUGUAGCCCGUGUGGCUUCAUUGCUACUACUCUCCACAUUCUCAGUUUUAAUAUUUCUUUAA